AUGGAGGGCGGCGGGGCGCUGAACGGCUCCGCCACCGCCGGGCGCUUCGCCGCCGCGGGCACGGCAGCGCUGGGCGCGCUGAUGGCCCUGCUCAUCGCCGUCACCGUGGCGGGCAACGCGCUGGUGAUGCUGGCCUUCGUGGCGGACUCCAGCCUGCGCACCCAGAACAACUUCUUCCUCCUCAACCUGGCCAUCUCGGAUUUCCUCGUAGGUGCCUUCUGCAUCCCCCUGUACGUGCCCUAUGUGCUGACGGGGAGAUGGAUCUUUGGGAGAAGCCUCUGCAAACUCUGGCUGGUGGUUGAUUACCUGCUCUGCACCUCUUCGGUCUUCAACAUCGUACUAAUUAGCUACGACAGAUUCCUCUCGGUGACAAGAGCGGUCACCUACAGAGCCCAGCAAGGCAACAUCAGGCAAGCAGUGCUGAAGAUGGUGCUGGUGUGGGUGUUGGCCUUCCUGCUGUACGGACCUGCCAUUAUCAGCUGGGAGUACAUAUCAGGCCAGAGCAUCAUCCCCACCGGGGAAUGCUACGCUGAGUUCUUCUACAACUGGUAUUUCCUCAUGACAGCCUCCACGCUGGAGUUUUUCACUCCUUUCAUCAGCGUGAUGUUUUUCAACCUAAGCAUUUACCUGAACAUACAGAAGCGCACCAAAAUGCGCCUGGAUGUUUUCCAUGAAGUGCACAAUCAGUCCUUCACUGAGGAGGUGGAAAGGAGCCCAGAAGCAAAGCUUUCUUUGAAAUGCUGUAAGUGGGAGCAGAAGGAGUCAGCUGAAACCCUCGACCUCUCUAAGAGCAAAGCUCAAGGAGCAGCCUCCACUUCCAGCCUGGAUGCCAAAGAUCUGCUGGCAAUAAGCUCGGAGAGCUCCAGGAAACCCAAGUGUUGCAACAAAAAGAGCUGUAAGAAUUCAGCCUCCACUCUGUGCUCAGAGAAACGGAUGAAGACCAUGUCCCAGAGCACGACUCAACGCUUCAGGCUCUCUAGAGACAAGAAAGUGGCCAAAUCACUGGCAAUCAUCGUGGGCAUUUUUGGGAUUUGCUGGGCACCGUACACUCUCCUGAUGAUCAUCCGCGCUGGCUGCCACGGCCAGUGCAUCUCUGAGUUCUGGUAUGAGACUUCCUUUUGGCUGCUGUGGAUCAACUCGGCUGUCAACCCUGUCCUAUACCCUCUCUGCCACUCCAGCUUCAGAAGGGCUUUUAUUAAACUCCUUUGUCCCAAGAAGCUGACGAUUCAGCCUCACAAUGCCCUUCAGAACUACUGAAAGUGAAGCCAGCCCAGUGUGAGGAUGAGAAAAGCCUUAGUUUACUUCUGCAGUAUUGGGACUACAGCUUGUUUCCUUGGAAGAACCCAGGAGCAGUGGUCUGGGGCAGGUGAGGAAAGCAGAAAAGAGCCCACUAUUAACUUAUUUUAGUUUAUCAACAACAAAAUCCCACAUAGAAGGAUAAAGGGGUUUAUUGACAUUAACCACAGGUAGUGAAAUCUGUGUCCGCCACUCGCAGGUGCCACAAAAGAGCUCUGCUGCCACCUAGUCAGCCUGAGCAGCACCGGCAUUUUUCUCCAAUAAACUGAAAACCGAAAAAUAAAAGCUAACAAAAUGUCUGGCUUUAAACUACUGCACUAAACUACAGCUUAGCUGUUUGCAGACCUGAUCUUUCCCGUAAAUGGGAGCGUUUUUUCCUUACACCUAUUACAUGUAGAUGAUGAUACAGAAAGAAAAGAACAAACCUCAAAAGAAAAACAUCUCAUUUAUCAUUUCUGCUACAGCAGCUGCAGCCAUAAUCUGGAUCUCUGUUCCAUGGGGUGCAAUAGAUGUCCCUUCCACACCUCAGGAAGGGACAGAUCUCUGCCCUAAGGAGUUUACAGCCAGACUCUGAGGCACUGAGCAUCUUGAAGUGCCCUGCUGGCGCUGCCUGAUCCCUCCCUGCUUCAAAACUGGUCUGAUUUCCUUUGGGUCCUGCCACACACUGCCCAGUGGUCCCAUGGGAGAGCUUCCCUCCUGCCCGGAGCCACGCAGCAGGAAUGGGCCCUGGAAGGCCCCCAGAAAAGGGUUCCUGUGCCUACGUGAAAGGUGCCAGCACAGUACCAGCUUCUCCACAGACUCCACCAUGACAACCCAAAGACAUUUUCAAAUCUGUUCUGCAGGAUCUUAAAGAUACUCUUCUGGCACUGUGUUAGGGAAUGACAAGCUCAGAGAGAAGUAAAUCUUGUGUUGUGUUUUUUAUGUUCCUUUUUAUAGUGUUCCUUUCAAACCUCUUAAAUUCAUCAAGUUUCAGUUUCUUGCCUUCUUCCUUUUAAAAUAUCUCACUUCAUUGGAGUUGAAAUAUGGAGUUUAAAAUACCUCACUUCAUUCUACCUGGGUUGAGCUGAUUCAGUCAACAUAAGCAUCAAUUAUUUUAUUGUUGAAUUUUCACAUUUUUUUUGGAACAGUCAAAUGAUUGCACAGAUAGAGCACCAGAUUCAAGAGACCAGGGCCCUAGCCUUGGUCUUAUCAUAAAAUCCUGGACAUUUUAUCACUCCUCCCCAUCACAGUUGCCCAUUUCUUCUGUAACCUCUUUGGGCACAGAGGCAGUUUGACCAAAAAGCAGAUUAAUUCCACUGCUGACGCUGCUCAAUGAUGUAGUAACACAAAUAAGUAAUUAGUUGCCAUGGCGAAUGCUCUUAUUUAACAGUAUUGCACAGAGAAGCUCAAGAUCCUAAGUCUGAAAACUACAUUUACAAAUAGAAACCCAAAUGUUGUAAAGUAGUACCCAAAAGCUUAUGAUGUUGUGAUUGCCAAUUACAUUUUGCUGUUGCAAGCAAACUGCUUUUUGGCUGCUGCUAUGAGUAAAAGAAAAUGCCAUCCCACUGUAUCCCAGUGAUAUUUGUCAAGUAGAUCAGUAUUGUCAUCUGAAGUCAGGUUCUAAAUGAUGUCUUGUCUUGUGUAUGUGAUAUUUCAGACUUGUGACAUGUUCUGUCAGUCUGUUAUAUAUGGGUUAAAAUAUACCCCUCGAAGUAUGUGUGCUCUGAAUUGACAGGAUGAACUGUUGAGCCUGCUUGUACCUUUCCCUGUGUCUGCUCCCUUCUGAAAACAUCAAUAAAGUAUUUUUAUAAGAA